UGUUCAGACUGCAAUGCAAGAGCAGAGAACAGACUAAACGGGCCAGCAGAGGACAAACCUGCCCCCUGAACUCAAAGACAGAGCUAGAAACUGAGACAUCUGCUGAGCUUUGGAGAGAAGGAGACCUGUUGGAAUUUACUGCCAAGAGCCAGCUUUUCUUUUCAUUUCACGAAAUGACCUUUUUUGCAGCAAGUCAGACCUGCACAUAACUUUGAAUGAGUUUUGCACUGGAUUUGAUCCCUUUUUAGAAUUUUUUUGUGCGCGUGCGUAAUUUUUGGGGACAGUUGUGUGGAAGCUGAAAAGACUUUGGGUUUGUAGCUUAUAGUGGAAAACCUUUUAAAGGAUUUACUUGCUUCCUCGUAGAGACUUUAUUGUCAAUUUAUAUUCCCUUGUCGGAUUUCAGUUAUAUGAUGAUGUUUUUACAAGUUUCAAUUGGUGUGAUCGCCGCUCUGUGCGUCGGCAUGGCGCACAGCGCCUGGGAGGAGAGCACCGUGGUGCCGGUCAGACUAGACCCGUCGGCCCGGUCAGAGAGCGAAACCGAACCGUGGCGGACUCUCUCCCCCGAGGAGAAGGAGAAGGAGGCGGAGAUGAGGGUGUACCGGUUGGACGUAUUUGGCAAAGAGCUGGUCUUGCAACUAGAGCCUGACCAGACUUUCUUGGCACCGGGUUUUGUCUUCCACAUUGUGGGGAGUCCUGAAUCCGAACCGACGCAGGAACCCAAGACCGGAGCCGAACCGGGGUGUUUCUUCUCGGGCAAGGUGAACGGAGAGGAGCACUCUGCCGCCGCGCUCAACCUGUGCCAGGGACUCAGGGGCGGAUUCUACUAUCUGGGUGAAGAGUAUUUUAUUCAGCCCCUUAACUCCAGUGACUUCCUCGGCACCGAGGAGGAUGUCCACUCAGUCCGCCGGAGAGGUCGGGCAGCUUUGGCAGAGGAGGGGAGCUCCAAGUGCGGGGUUAACGAGGACGAGGAGAGGGUGCCAACGAAUCUGGAGAAAGAGGCCGGGCAGGGAGCCGCUGACGCAGACCAGACAGCCCACCACAGGACCAGGCGUUUCGUUUCCACCCCUCGCUACCUGGAGAUCAUGCUGGUAGCCGACCAGUCCAUGGCCGAGUUCCACGGUGCCGGGCUCAAACCCUACCUCUUGACCAUCAUGGCGGUGGCUUCCCGCCUCUACCGCCACCCCAGCAUCCACAACUCCAUCAGCCUGGCAGUGGUGAAGCUGCUGGUGGUGUACGAGGAGGAGCGAGGCCCUCAGGUGUCAUCCAACGCCGCCAUGACCCUCCGCAACUUCUGCCAGUGGCAGCGGCAGCACAACCCGCCGAGCGACCGCCACCCUGAGCAUUAUGACACGGCUGUGCUCUUCACCAGGACGGACCUGUGUGGUGCCCACUCAUGUGACACUCUGGGCAUGGCUGAUGUUGGCACAGUGUGCGACCCUGACAGAAGCUGCUCUAUUAUCGAAGACGAUGGGCUGCAAGCAGCAUUUACUGUGGCACAUGAACUGGGCCACGUCUUCAACAUGCCUCAUGACGAUGCCCAGCUGUGCUCCGGCGUCAAUGGUGCCCACUGGGGCUCCCACAUGAUGGCCUCCACCCUGUCCAACCUGGACCAGCAGCAGCCGUGGUCCCCGUGCUCCGCCCUCAUGGUCACCACCUUCCUGGACAACGGCCAUGGUCAGUGCCUGCUGGACAAACCGGUCAAACCUCAGCAACUGCCCCAGCCGCUGCCCGGGACCGUCUACGACGCUGACCAUCAGUGUCGGCUGACCUUUGGCGAGGACUCCCAGCACUGCCCGGAUCUGAGCACCACGUGUGCAGCUCUGUGGUGCACUGUGACUACGUCCAACGGUUUGCUGGUGUGCCAGACAAAGAAUUUCCCCUGGGCUGACGGAACACCAUGCGGACACGACAGCUACUGCCUGGCAGGACAGUGUCUCACCAAGAACCAAGCAGCCAAACACCAGACUCCUGUAAACGGUGGCUGGGGAGUGUGGGGUCCCUGGGGUGACUGCUCUAGGACCUGUGGUGGAGGAGUGCAGUAUUCAUUUCGUUCCUGUGACAACCCUUUGCCUAAAAACGGGGGCAAGUACUGUGAGGGCAAGAGGAUCCAGUAUCGCUCCUGUAACACUGAGACCUGCCCUGAUACUAAUGGCCUGUCGUUCCGUGAGGAACAGUGCCUGGCCCACAACGAUAUGUCAGCCCAAGUGUCGCUGGGUUCGGGCGAGGGUGUUGAGUGGGUGCCCAAGUAUGCUGGAGUUUCACCCAAAGACCGCUGCAAGCUGGUGUGCCGGGCCAAGGGGACUGGAUACUUCUUUGUCCUCAAAUCAAAGGUGGCUGACGGCACACCCUGCAGCCCAGACUCCACCACAGUGUGUGUUCAAGGCCAGUGUGUCAAGGCCGGAUGUGACCGCAUCAUCGGCUCUAGCCGGCGCUUUGAUAAGUGCGGCGUGUGUGGUGGAGAUGGCUCUACCUGCAAGAAAGUGUCUGGCUCUCUGGAGCGUGCCAGGCCUGGCUACCAGGAUGUUGUAACUAUUCCUGCCGGUGCCACACAUGUGGACGUCAAGCAACACGCCCCAGGCAAUGGUCGUCAUGAUAACAGCUACUUGGCAGUGCGUCGCCAGGAUGGAAGCUAUCUGUUAAACGGUGAAUACAAACUGAUGACCAUGGAAACCGACAUCGCCUUGCGAGGGGCACUAUUGCGAUACAGCGGCUCCUCUGCCGCCCUGGAGCGCAUCCGGAGCUUUGCCCCGCUCCCUGAGCCCCUCACCAUCCAGGUGCUUUCUGUGGGAGAAGCCCCACGGCCCCGGGUGAAGUACAGCUACUUUGCACCCAGACCCAAUAAUGCUGCUUCAGGAUCCAGCAGUAACGGAGGCCGCCGCCAGUCUAUCAAUGCCAUCCGAGAGGUGGGUGGAGCUGAGUGGACCCUGAGGGAGUGGGGGCCAUGCUCCCAGACCUGUGGAGGGGGUACGCAGCAGAGAGAAGUGGUCUGUCUAGAUCCCCAGGGCCGUCCCUCCAGAGACUGCCCAGAGGAGCUGCGCCCCUUGGCCUCCAGGUCCUGCGCCUCUCAGCCUUGUCCCUCCUGGCUUCUCGGAGAAUGGUCCUUAUGCUCCAAAACCUGUGGCCGAGGCUUCCGCAAACGCCAGCUGCGCUGCAUCGGCCAUGAUGGACGCAUGCUAUCCCACGACAGCUGUGACCCCAAAGACCGGCCGCGACCCCUGCUGGAGCUCUGCAAUCAGGCUGCCUGUUGAGGACUGCUUCCACAAUCUAACCUCCUUUGACACAGCCAGCUUUCAGAAAGACUCCAGAUAAAGACUCUGAUCUUCAGUGCCUCUUUCUCUCCCAUGGACAAGCGGAGGCUGAUGAAUGUUUACACCCAGAGCAAGAUCACUGCGAAAACGGUUGUCUGACAGUCCCACAUGUCAGUGGGUCCACAGCCACCGUGACUGUAAAGGCCAAUUUUUUAACCAUUCCCUCCAUCCAUCCUGAGGCCAGACGCUGGACCGCAGUGUCGCUGCCACUAAGUUGCAGCAAUAAAGACUGAUAGCAGCUUGCUGCCUGUCUGGCACAUUUUGCCUCCCAGUAGGGGAAGAAAGCAUGGACAUUCCUGAUUUCCGAGAGGAGCGUGCUGCUUACCGUGCCAAUGUCACGCUUUUGUGUGCGUGAGUGCGAGACUGUGUGUGUGUCAAUUUUUUUUUGUUAAUGCAUGUAUAUGAUGUUUGUCCAAGCUGGGCUGGACCAACACUUAAGGGUUAGGGUGGGGGAGGUUAUCGCAGAGUAUAUAAAGAAACAAAUGAAAGAGAAUAGCUCAUAUUCUACUUGCUCACCCCAUCAGGUAUGGAAAAUAACAUAGCUUAUAGUCAGAGUGUUUAUGUUAAAACUUGCCAGUCUACGUUUAUUUAUCACAGACCUGUAGCACUUCAUCUUUGUUUUUGCCAGCGGCACAUUGCAACACCCAGAUGUCUCUAAAUGCCUCAGUACACAGUACUUUAUCCUUUAGCCAUAUCUUGCCCUCAUCUACACAACCUUCAAUGAGGGAACUCUUCAAAGACCAAAGAGGAGUGUGAGAGUGUGCGAGUGUAUGUGCGAGUGUGUGAGUGUGUGUGUGCGUGUGUGGAGACCUAAAGAGGGACUUGUCUCCUGCUACUACUUCAUAAGUAAGUCUCUCCUGCCUUCUGCGAAGGCACCUUGUUUUUUUUUCUAUCAAGUCUUUUCCUUUUGUACAGAAUAUCCAAACAUUAUUUAUUUUUGUACAGCCUGUUAAAUAUAAUCAUGUGGCUUUUUUUUUUAAAUAUUAUUUUUUAUUUGUUAUUGAGAUCACAGAAGGGAGUAGAAUAUAUAGAGUAUUUAUACAGUGUUAU